AGGUGCUGUCGGCCCCUCGUUUCCUGGCCCUCCUGCGUCUCUGCUAGGCGGCCGCGAUGUCUGACAAGGAAUUCAUGUGGGCCCUCAAAAAUGGAGACUUGGACGAGGUGAAAGACUAUGUGGCCAAGGGUGAAGAUGUCAACCGGACACUUGAAGGUGGGAGGAAGCCUCUUCACUAUGCAGCAGACUGCGGACAGCUUGAGAUUCUGGAAUUUCUGCUAUUGAAAGGAGCUGAUAUUAACGCUCCAGACAAACAUAAUAUCACACCACUCCUAUCAGCAGUCUAUGAGGGCCAUGUUUCCUGUGUGAAAUUGCUUCUGUCAAAGGGUGCUGAUAAGACUGUGAAAGGCCCAGAUGGACUAACUGCAUUUGAAGCCACUGACAACCAGGCAAUCAAAACUCUUCUUCAGUGAUGGAUGGACUGAUAUCUUAAAUGUCUCUCCUGUGGCCUCACACUGCUGCCUGUCUGUCACUUUUUGCAUCUUCCAGCUUCUUCAGCUAAAUACUUUGGGGGGAGGGAAAUUGUUUAUGAAUCAGACUAGUUAGGGGCUUGUAUCAAAGAUAAUGUUUGGAGAGGGUUGAAAACUAUUACGAACAGUGUCCCUCUAGGACUUCUUUUCAGUGCACAAUCUCUUCCCAUUUCUAGUGAAAAUGGCAGAAGGAAGACAGACCAUGAUCUUGAAUUUUUGACUUGUAAACCUCUUAGAAUAGUACUGUUUUCUGUUGAAAGGUUGCUUUAGAUGGAUGUACGGCCCUAUAGACCUGAAACUAAUUGUGAAGGAGACAAUAGUCCCAUACUGUUAGUGUAGUAAUGUGGGUAACUGGGCCGCUUUUCUCUCUCAGUGGGUACCUUUAUUCUUCUUCUGCUUAAUGCUUAUGUUGCAGUUUUGAGGACUUUUGAUACUAGUUAUUGGAGCUGUUCUUUAUAUUGACUAAUUGGAUGUCACACUAAUGUUUUUCUGAACUCUUGAGUAAGCUGGUAAAGAUCAGUUGAGGCAUGGUGGUGUUACACUCCAGAAUAUCUGCUGAGGUACUUUUGGAUGCUUGAAUUGGAGGUUUUUCUUUCCCUUGUUUGUUCUAGUCCAGAACAGAUGUUCUAAGCAGCUAUUAUUGAGAGAGUUCAAAAUGUCAGUGUAGUAAUUUCCAAAAGGAUUGUAAGAUGGAAGUUCUUUACUUACCAUGUCAGCGUAAAAUUUAUAGACACAUGUGAGAGCUACAGGCAAUUUGGUAGGCAAUGAUAAUCAAGUAAAAUGUGGAAAAUGAUCACUAAUUAUUUAGACAUUCAUAUCAGGUGAAGAUUGUUGCUAAACUUUUCUGGUAAACUUUUGAAAUACAUGUAAGCUUUCUAAGUUCACAUGUUAGGAAGAGGAAGACAUGCAAGUAGAAGUCUUGCUCUAACUCCUAGAGGAAAGAAACCAAAAACUUUUAAUUGUGCAUAUCUCGGAAUUGGUGUUUUUCAUUGUUAGCUGACUGAAUCUUUUAAAUUUCAUUAAGGCAUGGGGCUUGUUCUGAAAGUUCCCAGUGCAAUCAUUGCACGUUACCCAUUGACUUUUAGGUAAGAUUUACAAUAACAGCAAGUAUGACAGUGCUAAUAAUUCAUGAGAAAGUAUUUAAUGAAGUUGUAGGGAUUCCUGUUACAUCUUAUGGUCCUUGGGAGUGUUUGACCUUUUGGCUUUCAUCUUGAAAGUUUUCACUAGACUCUGUUUCACCCAAAACUGAGUAACAGGUUUUUUUAUAACAGAAAAGUGUAUGCCACAAACUGCAUCUUCUUUUUCUUUGGAAUAGAGAUUUCAAAUUUUCUGUUAACACAGUACAAAAAAAAUGUACAUAAUGUCUUAUGCUGAAUUCGUAAACAAAAAUAGCUGAUACUAUUUUGAUAUCACUGUUGAAAUUGAGAGGAUAUGUAGAGGUAGGCUGGUGACAACUACUCACAUUCAAUGGAGACUUAGUUUUACUUGAAUCAUGUUGCAUAGUAUGAUUGAAUGCCUCAGAUAUAAAAAGCUUUGCAUUUAGACUGUAAAAUGAGAGCAGAAACUGAUUACAUGUACACAUCCCAUAAGAAAGGCAAUGGAGAAAACAAUCAGCUCUGGCCAUAAACUGUACAGUGCAAUUACUCUGCUUCUUGGAGAUGGGAGGCAAGGAAGAGCUGAAGGGUUGGAAAUGAGUGAUAAAUCAAUUAGUGAGCUGCUGAUAAAAGAACAAGCAUGUUUGGUGAACAGUGCUUUUAAUGACUAUUUAAAAGAGAACUCUUUAAUCUUAUCUCUGAUCAGUGCUGGAUUGUCAUGUCAUUGUAAUAGUGUGAACACAGACCAUAGGUUUAGCUCUUUAUUCAGCUAUGAAAUUAACCAUCUACAGCAUAAAUUUACCUCCAUAUUAUGCUAUUAAAUACUUAGCUAUUGAAAUAUUAGUCUAGAAAACUGCAAUCUGUUUUUAUGUGGAAAACUUGAUUAUUCAAGUUUUUUGUGUUGAUUAGUGUCAAGUUGUCUCACCAUAGUAGUUUUGGGGUUUUGUUGUUGUUUUUCUUUUCUUUUUCUUUUUUUUAUUCUUCUGUAUUCUUUCCUGCCCAUCAACUCUCACUUAAGUGAGCAUUAUCAUAUUAAAGAAACAUGUUUGUAGUAACUCUUGCAGUGAUUCACUGAGGCAAUUUUGCCUCCCUUUUUCUACAGUUAUGUGGACAUCUUAUUUUUUUCUUACUUCACUUGAGGGGAAAAAUACAAAUAAACUUCAGUGAGACAAGUGUUAAUUUGGCUGUCAUUUAUACCCAAGCUGCCUUUCAAGAUAGUUAAAAGAUGGCAUUUAAUGUUUGGAUCACAAAGAAGAAAUACUUUUUUGCUUUUUGCACUGCACAAGAGGUAAUUGAUUAUUUUGCCCAGGAUUAAAAGAAAAAUAAGAAAGAAGGAAAAAAGUAGUAAUAAAAGCUUAUUCUUUUCUAAUUGUCUAGAAACUGGGCUUAUUCACUUAUUCCCCUUUGUUAGUUAUAUUGUGGAAAAAAUAAUGGAUGGCUGCCUUUCUCAUUGAGUAGGUCCUGACCAGAGGAAAAUACCAAUCUGUAAAUUAUUUUACAUUCUAUAAACAGAAUUUGAAUACUUUGACUGGAAUUGCAUAUACUUGGAAAUCUACUCUGUUCUUAAAUCUUUUCCUUUGCAAUUUGUACUGAAUAAGUUAUAACCUUAAAUAUAUUUUGGAUUUUGUACCCUCUGCUCCUUUUUCAUAAGGGGAGCAAAUGGCAAAAGAAGUACAACAGUUAAAUGGAACUUUAUCCUUGAACAUAACAUUGAAUUAUUUGUAGAAGAGGCUGGUAAGAAUGGAGUGUCCUAUGUCAAGCAAUUGCAGUGUUGCAUGCAAAAUUUCAAGAUGAAUUUGUCUUAAUUAUAUUUUGUAAAUGGAUAAACAAUCAUCUUUCUACGCAGUGAUGGAAGAAAAUUAGUGCUCUGUACAUUUUGAUAUUUGACUUCCUCUUUUCACAAUUGUUAACUGUUUUGGCACAGUUAGGUUCAUCAUUGUCAUGGUUCAUAGACAUCAGAAUGCUAAAUGAUACUGUAUUUUUAAGUUUGUGUUGCAAGAAUGAA